GAAUUUCUCUCCCUCUCGACGAAUCUUGCGUGUAGAUCGACCCACAUCGACUCACCGAAUGUCGGAAAGUGAGGAGAUCCGAUCGCGAUGCUCCGUGGGUGCGUUCGCCGCUGUUUCUCCUCUGGCUAUCCUAGCGGCGACGUGCACGAGCGUCAGCAAUGACGAACGCUCUCCUGCGACGCAACGAAGUGUCCAAGCGCCGGAAGAAAAACCAGACAACAACUACUCGGGCUUGCGCCAUCCUCCGACUAUUCGACCCUACACUGCUCCGUCCGCUCUUGAGGCAUGGAAAUCGUGGAGGUCGGCCGUCUCGCUACCUUUUCCGUCGGAUUUUAGCACGGUGAGACGACCGACGGCGUUGCCGGUAAGUGAAGUAUCCAAAACAGUCCAUAUUUCACACGGUGAGAACACUGCCAUACUCCACCUCAGCUCUCCUGUCAUCAAACCGGCGCGUUUGCCCGUUGACACCGAACGGUUGGAGAGAAACUGGCAGGCACAGGCGGCCGCAGCCGCUGCAGCAAUGUCGGGACCAUUUCCUGUGCGUUCGAGUCCCGGUCCGGUCACGAUUACGCACCCGGCUCAUCGCAGGUACCGCAGAGUCACGUGCGACUGUCCGAAUUGUCAAGAAAACGAACGAAACGGGACGGUGACGCGACGAAAGACGCAGCAUUUGUGUCAUUUGUGCAGCAAGGUCUACGGCAAGACGUCACACCUGAAGGCCCACCUACGCUGGCAUUCGGGCGAGAGACCGUUCUUGUGUCCGUGGGUUCUCUGCGGUAAACGAUUCACCAGGUCGGACGAAUUGCAGCGGCAUCUACGGACGCACACAGGCGAGAAGCGUUUCAGGUGCUCUAUCUGUAAUAAGAGAUUCAUGCGGAGCGACCAUUUGAGCAAACACGUCAAGACACACAAAGACAAGCAGUUGGACGACAAAUCGAAUCCGGAAAAGAGUUCAGAGGAAAGUGAAGCGAAAACGGAUUAA